AUGGCAUCGCCCGCAACCCAGCACGUCCAAGGCAAACCUCACCGGAUUCAUUUUAGAUGGCCAAGCCAAGAACAGACAGUCAACGCAAGCAAGCUGGAUAUGGUACGUCCUCAGGGGGCCAAACCAGUGCCUCGCGUUCUCCACAAAAGGGACGAACCGCCUGUAAGACCUCUAACUUCUAAACCGAAAGCGGAGCCUACUGCCGAGGAUUUGAAGAACGAAGUGCCGUUGGAGCGUGAAAUUGUCCGCAUAAUAAGCGAAAUCGUCAAAAGAAAAACGUUAAAAGGAAGCGAUUAA